AUGCAUCUAGAAUUGUGUCAAUCCAAUAUUUUCAAGCCUAAAACAUUACCAUAUCGAGAAAUGAAGAAGUCUCAAUACAAAGAUUCAAUCACUGAUACGCUGGAAAAAUCAAAAUUAGACCAUGGUCCGCUCAAUAAUCAAGAAAUUGAAAAGGAAAUAUUCACAAACAAUAAUUUGAAAAGAACUCAACAGAUUGAAGAACCGAUAUCCAAAAAAGAACGACCAAAAAGAAACAAACCAGCAAACAAACAUAAUUCUGCAACAAAUUCCACUUCAAACAGCGAAAAUCAAAUGAAAUCUAAGAAUGGUACUACCAAAAAACCUUCAUCCUCCACCACGAACACCACUGCAACACACGGUUACUCAACAAGACAAUCUGUAAAAUUAUUAGAUCGAGAAGGAGGCACGAGCGAAAGCCCUUCAGUAGGAAAUGCAAAAAAUAAUUCAAAAAAUGUCUCUGUGGUUCCAACCAAAAGUCAAUCUCCCUCAAAGCCUCAAAAACAUCAAAUGACUUCUCCAAACAAUGCAUCACCUAUGGUUGAGAGCGGUGCUAUUGGUACUUCUCAAAUCAAUUCAAGUAAGCAAACCAUGUCGACAACAACGACAACAAAUACUCUACCUCCUCUUCCACCGAUCAAUAGAAAACGAGAUGUUUCCAAAUCUGUAGCAACAACCUCAAGCUCCAAAAACGAUAGUAGUUGCAGUAAUAAUCAACAACAGACCACACCUGCUGAAGAACCUCCAACAAAGGUCAAACGAUCGGUUAAAUUAUUGGAUCCACCUAAUUUACCUUCCACGAACUCCAAAUCAACAACCACUUCCUCCAGGACAUCAACAACAGGAAGCCCCAUCACCUCAUCAAGCCAAGUGACACUGAGCAAAGUCAAAAACUUUUCAAUACGCAAAACCAAUACUGUAACACCCUUGCCUACAAAUAGUGCUACAACCAAAACACUCACUCCAUCAACAGCCAUUGUUGAUCAUGGUUCAUCUACUAAUACUACCACUCUGCCUACCAGCAGCAGUGGCAGUGUGCAAGCACUAGUGAGUGUUGUUUUAUCGAAUAAUCCAUCGGCAACCCUCAUGCUUCCAAUCAGUAGCAAUAAUCAUCCGCAGCAACCCUCACCUUAUACCACUAGUCCCUAUGCUAUGAUUAAUAAUAUGAGUAAUAGUGGUACUAAUUCUCAAGUUAUUACUUAUCAUCCUUAUACGACCUCAAGCCUUCAUUCGCCGUCAUGCAAUACACCACCAUCUCAAUAUUCUUCUAUGGCCAAUAGCAGUCCAUAUGCAAUUUCGAGCGUAUUAGUAGCCUCUACAACACCUUCUCCAUAUUCUCUCUCCUCAUCAUUUCAAACCUAUCCACAGGUUGUACAAGGUCCGUAUUGUAUGCAUGUCAAUGCACCCACAAUGGCUCCUACUUCUAUUACCUCUCCCUAUCAAGUCAUCACCAGCACAGCAAUGAGAGGGCAGCCAACUCUAUUGCCUAUCGCUUCCACCACGUUACCAACCUCCUCACUUACCACAUUUGUAUUGCCAAUCACUACUAGUAGUAGUAGUAAUAACAGUCAUCCAUAUCAUCAUAACACCAACACACAUCCAAGUAUCAGUGUCUCCUCACUUGUUUCUUCUCUCAAUACCAGUGGUAGUAGCAACAACUCAACUCAUCGAAUAGGAUCCAUAAGUGCUCAGGACAUCCUCAAUCAAAAAAAGUAG